UACACAGUUUCGUAAUUCUGCUUCCUUCUUACGCCAAUGGCCGCCAUAAUUUCGCGAAGACUAAGGUCAACGUUAACCUCCUCGCUCCUAAAACCCUGUCGUUCUUCUUCAUCUUCUUCAAUCACUUCGUUUUGCCAAAACCCUAAUUUCUCAAUUUUCAAACCCUCCCAAAAUCCACUCUCUCCUUUCAUUCCCUUCACGUUUCUCUCAUCAAAGCAAUUUUCCUCGUCUUCUUCAUCUUCAGAAUCUGAUGAAGCCCGCAAGCCAACCCCAGAUCAAGCCCAAGCCCAAGCCCAAAGCCCGUACCCAAGCCAAAACCCAAACUUCAAGCACCAGGAGAUCGAAGGCCCCACAGUGGAACGAGACCUCUCCCCGCUCGGGACCGAGACGCGUGUGGUUCUGGAAACCAUGAUGAGGAGCAUGUACAGGCUAAGCCACACGCUCGCUGCAUUGGGUCUGGUUCACCUCGCUCUCGGCGCGUGGAUCACAUACCUGACGAAAUCGAACCCCUUAACGGAGGUGUCGGUGCAGAGUCUUGCGGCGUUCGCGUUUCCGUUCUCGGUGGCGUUCAUGCUGCGGCGCGCGCUGAAGCCGGUUGUCUUCUUCAGGAAGAUGGAGGAGCAAGGGAGGUUGCAGAUCCUCACGCUCACGCUCCAAACCGCGAAGCAGUUGGACGCGCUCUUCGCUAGGGCUCGUGUGGUUUCUCUGCUGUGCGUUUUUGGUGUUGCCGUUGGCGUGGGAAUUGCAGUGGCUUCCAAAUUCACCUGAUUUUCUUAUUAUUCAGAAUAAAUAAAUAUAUGCUGCCUUUUUUCCUUUUACUUGUGAGGUUGAUUUUUUAUUUUUAUUUUUUGUAUCCUUCAAUUUUUACAAAAUUAAUCACAUACUUUAUCUUUA